CUGCUGGUUUCUCUCUCGCUUAGUUGCCCCUCCACCCAUUUCAGUACGCAGCUUUGAGAUCUGACCUGCAUUUCUCGGUGUAAGUAGGAAAAAAAGGGCGCGAAUCUUGCAUAGACCUAGAUGAUCAGUGACGUAUUCAGGAAACGCCUUGCAAUACGUGCGGUCUAUCAGAGACCUAGAGUAAUAGUAGGUGCGCAAAGGUGGAAACGCGAAGGUAAUCGAACGAAGGACGCUUUCGUCGGCACUUGCGGCGGACCACGUUAGAUUCGGAUCAAAACUGCCAUGUACUCUUUAAGUUUAGACUAGGAAACUAAAGAACCGACUUCCCACAUAGGCCGCUCGUACUCAUGCUUUGGGGUGACUAAGCUCGCGAUCCAAUUCGUGGCAUAACGGUAGUAGACGUGGGGACGUGUAGCGAGGUGAUAAUAUCGAGGGGCGGAUGCCUCUCGGUUUUGCGGAACCUCAAGACGAGGAGCCGAGACACAUGCCGCCAUCCGCGCAUGCGCCCCCAUCGGCGCACGCGCCUUCCGCCGCGCCCUCUGCGCAGGCGCCCCCGCUGAUGCCCCUACCGAACGGCGCGCUGUUCGGCUCCGCCGUGCCCCUGCAGCAGCAGCAGCAGCUGCUCCAGGGGCGCGACGGGGAGGGCACGCAUGCGCAAGCGCAGGUCCAUGCUCCGCAGCAGGAGCUGAAGCCGCCGUCACAGCAGGCGCCGCUACAGGCGCCGCAGCACGCGGGGCAGCCGAUGUUUCUAAACAGUCAGCAAACGGAGUCUCUAGGUAGUAACAUUCACGGGUUGAUUCAUGGACCAGGGGUUGGGGGGACGGGGGGAACGCGGGGAGGCGCUGCGCCUGCGGAGCAGUCCGGGGUGCGGGUUGCGGACCAGCAACAGGGGCAGGCGCAGUCGGCGCAGGUAGCGCAGCAACAGCAGCCGCAGUUUCCGCAACCACUGGCGUAUCAGCCAUCGCAAUUCCCCCCGCAGUACCCGCCACAACAGGCCCCGCAGUAUCAGCAGCAGCAGCCGUUUGCGCAAGGGAUGGCGGCACAAGGGGGGAUGCAGCAACAGGGGCAACAGAACCAAUACCAGCAGCAGCCGCAGCAGCAGCAGCCCCUUCCGGUAUUUCAGCAGCAUCAGCAGUAUCACCAGCAGCAACAGCAACAGCAACAGCAGCAGCAGCAGCAGCAGCAGCAGCAGGGGCAGCAGCACCUCCACCCGCCGUCUCUCCACACUCUCUCUGUCACUGGAAACACGAGCGUGGCUCGUACCCCAGAAGGCAACUCGUCGUUGUCGUCGGCCCCUCAUCUAGGCCCCCCUCGCAGCUUCACCAGCAGCAACGCUCCUGGAGCCUCCGCCUCCGCGCAUUUCCUCUCCCCGCCUAACGCGAAUCAGCAGUCGCGGCAGACGCAUCCGCAGCAGCAGCAGCAGUACCAGCAGCAGCAGCAUCCGCAGUACCAGCCGCUUCAACAGCAACAACAGUACCCUCCUCAUCAGCAGCAGCAACAGCUGCAGCAACAGCAGCAGCAGCAGCCGAUUGUGCCGCCGCUCCUCCACCUUCCCCUCCCCGCGCUCAUCGAACCCCCCCCAGCCCCGGCUCCCCCUUCCCCACCCUCGCUGUCCUCCAAGUCCCCCGCGGAAGUCCACCCGCCGAUGGAGCCGCUUCCGCCGCUGCUUCCGCCCCCUUCCAAUCUCUCCUCUUCCGCCACCGCCGCACCAUCGCUCCCGUCUCUCGGCCGUCCCCUUCCUUCGCUUGCGCACAACACACGUGGGCUCCCCUUUGGCGGAAACGGCCCAGCGGGCGCAAGCUCCACGGAGAACACCGCGGGGGCGGCGGCUCCGACACCAGCCACCACCGCGAACUACACGACUCCCGCGGGCCGGCUGCGCGUGGGCUCGCACCUUCCGCUGCUCGGCGGACGGUUCCGCUUCCGCGCAACGAUUUCGGAGGGCGGAUCUGCGCGCGUGUUCGAGGCGGUGGAUACCGCGGGUAGCUCCGCGGGGGGCGCAAGCGGAGGAGGAGCGCUGGGGGGACUGCCAACGGCGUCGGAUCUUCAACGGGGGUCUAGUCAGAAUCAAAAUAAGCUACAACCGACCGUUGUCAUUAAAGCCAUGCACCGACAGUAUCGCGAGGUGGGGCGGCAGGAGCUACAGCUGCUACACAUACUCAACUCGCUGCUGCCGGCCGCGAUCGGCGGUGCAGAAAACGACAACGCGGGGGACGGCAGUCAGAGCAGUGACGGCUGUCCGGUUGUGCGGCUGAUUGAACCGGGGGGAUUCGAUUUCUCGGGCCACAUGUGCUUGGUUCUUGAGAAGCUUCACGGAUCUCUCCUCGAUUACCUUUGCCGCAGAGCCGUCGAAGACGCCUCCGCGAAACCCGCCGCAUCAGCCGUCAUCGCCGCGUCACCCGGCGGCGCGACCGCGUCCUGCACUUGCGCGGAGUCUCCCGCAGAGGCUGCGGGCGCGCGGAGCGGGCCAGUUCCGCGCGCGCCAGCAUUCCCCGACAGAGUGGAGGACGUACGCGCGGUUGCGCGCCAGGUGCUGACGGCUCUCGCGGCGGUCCAUUCGAUCGGGUUCAUCCACGGCGAUAUCAAGCCCGAAAAUAUUCUCCUCGCCGCGCCGAUUCCAAGCGGAGCUGCUGCCGCCGCCGCAGGGGGAGCGUCGGGUUCAGAGAGGCGGGUUUGCCCGGUGCAUUCCCCCCGGCCGCCUCCGUUGAGUAUCAAGCUUGCGGAUUUUGGAAAUUCGUUCAUGCAGCGGCAGGUGAAGGAUUUGUGUCGAGAUUUUGAUGUUCAGACACUCGCGUACCGGGCACCGGAAGUUUUGCUUGGGCUGCCCUUCGAUAAGAGUAUUGAUCUCUGGUCACUGGGGUGUGUUCUGUCGGAGCUCGCGAUUGGCCGGUUGCUUUUCGUGUGCGAUUCGCCGGCUCAGCUGCUUCGCCAAAUGGUGGAGAUGCUCGGAUUACCACCGCCUGCGAAGCUGUUUCGCAACGGGAAGCUGUUCGCGCAGCUCGCGAGGAGCGCGCGCGUGUACCCGUCGCAGCAGCUGGAGGUGGGCGCAGGAGACGCGGACGGAGAAGGCGGGAAGGCCGCGGAAGAGGACGAGUCGGCGGAAAAGAUUCACGCGACCAUUCGGCGUGGUCGUCUGGGCCGCAUGCUGUUGCAACACGAUCCAGUCAUGGCAGAGCUCAUCUUCUCCUUAAUGGAAUACGACCCAGCUAAAAGACCCUCCGCUCAGCAGGCGCUAUUGCACCCCUUCAUCCAGAACCCCCACAACGCGCAACCAUCUGCCGCCCCUCCGCCCGUCCCCUCCUCCCCCGCCCCCUCCGCUUCCAUCCCCGCUUCCCCCGCGCUUCCCCCGCUCACUGCCUUCACCGCCCCCCGCACCGCCCCUCCAAUCAAGGCCGAACCUAUCUUCGAGCGCUCCGCUUCCUAUCCUCUCACGUCAGGCUCGGCAGGAGGUUCGGCAGCAUCCGGACCUGAGCCCAUGGCUCUGGACUCUAGGCCCGGGCCUGCGCUUUCUCUGGGCUUUGGCCUCCAAGCCAAAAGCCCGUUCGAACAGCAGCAGCAGCAGCAGCAGCAGCAGCAGCAGCAGCAGCAGCAGGAGGAGGAGCAAGGGCAGAGCCAGCAGGAGCAGAAUCAGCAGAGCCAGAAGCAGAAGAAGAAUCAGACUCAGCAGCAGCAGAAGCAAGGGCAAUCUACAGCUGCUGGUGGUGCCACUGCUGCUCCUAUUGUUGCUGCGCCGACUGCUGGUACUCCUGGGGGUAAACCACCGGCCAACCGAAGAGCGGUAGCUCGUAGCAAGUCGGCGUCUACAGCCACCCCUUCAGGCAGGAAAGCUGCUACAGCCGCUGCUAAGGCCGCUGCUCUAGCUGCUGCCAGUGCUGCAACAACAGCAGCAGCAGCAGCAGCUGCAGCCGGUUCUACAGCUGCUGCUACUACAGCCGCUGCUGCAGGCACAGCACCAGUGACAGCUGGCAGCAAUCCAGGACUUAGCGACUCUGCGGGUCCUUCUGCUGCUGCUGCCGGUGAUUCCAAGCCUCCUGGCGAUGCGCUUCACCUGAAGCAGCUGUCCCAAAACUCCCUGUUCUCUCGUGCUGCGUCCUUUUUGCAGUCCUUCAAAGCGGCUGCUCCGACCCCCGCUGCCGCUGCUACUGCUGCAGCCUCUCCUGCUGGUGGUGCUGCUGUUGCGGGGAGUGGAAACGUGGGUCCAGGCAAUGGGGCAGGGGGAGGGAUGGGGGAACAGCAGCAGCAGCAGCAGCAGCAGCAGCAGCAGUUAGAGAAUGAGAGGUACUUGACUCAACAGCAGCAACCGCAGCAGCAACAGUUUCAGCAGCAGCAGCAGCAGCAGCAACAGCAGUUUCAGCAACAGCAACAGCAACAGCAACAGCAGCUGCAGCAGCAUCACUAUCAGCAGCAGCAACAGCAGCAGCAGCAGCAGCAGCAAGCGCAAGCAGCACAUGCAUCCACGCCGUUUUCACAGCAGCAGCCCCCUCGGUCCCUUUCUCUCUCUGCUGCUGCCAGUCUAGCCAACCAAAACACAAACGCCUACGGAAGCAGCAGCUAUGGCAGUCCGGCACAGCAAGGCACAGUCACCUAUGGGAGUCUGGCAACCCAAGGCUUGGGCACCCCGGGGGCUCAGCUCAUCCAAGGGACCAUUGGGGGGGCGCUGACCAGCAGAGGACUCACUAACUCUGCAUCUGCCCCGGCUCACGGCUCUUCUCAUGGGUCGUCUCUGCUUUCUGUCGCUGCUGCUGCUGCUGUUUCUGUAGCUGCUGCGGACAAUAGCAGUGGCGGUGCUGUUGCUCCUGGUGCUGCUACGGCUGGCGCUGCUGGGCUCCCUGUGGGCAUAGCCACUCCUGCUUAUGGCACACCCGCUGCAGUGACCUCAGCAGGUGCUUCGGCUGCUGCUCAAACUCCCGGUACUCCUGCUGCUUCGUCCCUCACUCCCUCACUUCACCACUUCAUGGGGCCUCCUUCUGGUGCUAGUGGCGCUGCGUCCCUUGCAUCUUCCGCGGCUGUUAAUGCGGCUGGUGGUGGUGGUGGUGGUGCCUCUUCACCUGCUUUGUACCCUACCGUCAAUGCUGCCGGUGGUGGUGGUUGCAGCAUGAGCAGAUUCGCACUCCAGGCGCAAGGGCAGGGGCAACAUGGUAACCAGCAGGGGCAAUGUGGUAACCAGCAGCAACAGGUGCAGCAGCAGCAGCAGCAGCAGUAUCACCAGCAACAGAAUCACGAGCACCAACACGAGCACCAGCAUCAGUGCCCGUUGCACGGCUCCCUGCCACACACUCACACUCACACGCCCUCACACACCCCCGCACACUCGCACUCACUACCCCAUCCUCCCUCCCACACUCCAAACCAAGCGGCGCAGCAGCAGCAGCAGCAGCAGCAAGUGGUGGUGGGCAUUGCUCGACCGCAUAUGCCCCACCUCACACACUCCCAGUCCUUCCCUCCCUCUCACCCCUCUUCCCACCCCUCCUCCCAUCCCUCACCUCACUGCCACUCCCUCACUCACUCUCAGUCUCAAGGGCGCCUCUCCCCUCGUCACACUGCUCUGAAUCACGCCUCCUCUCCUGCCUCCUCCGUUUCUCAGCACCAGCAUCAACACUAUCAGCAGCCGCAGCAGCAACAGCAGCAACUGCAACAGCAGCAGCAGCAGCAGCAGCAACAGCAGCAACAGCAGCAGCAGCAGCAGCAGCAGCAGCAGCAGCAGCAGCAGCAGCAGCAGUAUUAUCAACAGCAGCAGCAGCAGCAGCAGCAGCAGCAGCUGCAGCAGCAGCAGCAGCAGCCGCAGCAGCAGCAGCAGCAGCAGCAGCAGUAUUACCAGCAGCAGCAGCAGCAGCAGCAGCAGCAGCAGCAGCAGCAGCAGCAGCAGCAGCAGCAGCGGUCUAUUGCUCCUCACCCUUCUUCUCCUUACCCCUCCACCUCUCAGGCUCCUGCCAGUCCGGUAAGCAGUGCCUCCACUGCUUUCCAUACUGCACCCACUCCCGCCCUCCGCCCCGCCCCUGCUCCCGAUUAUGCGUCGCCUCCUGCUAAUGUUUCUGCUGCUCCUGCCACUGCUGCUGGUGCUUCGGCCGCUCGUGCGUCUCCUGCUGCAGCCGUCGCUGCUGUCUUGGCUCUCUCUGGUUACCAGCAGCCACAGCAGCAGCAGCAGCAGCAGCAGCAGUAUGAGCAGCAGUACCAGCAAUUGCAGCCGCAGCAGAACCAGUACCACCAGCAGCAACAGCAGAGUAGCCAGUACCAGCAGCAGCAGCAGCAGCAGCAGCAGCAGCAGCACUACCACGAGCACCAGUCCUUCUGUCCGCUCUCUCGUUCUCCUGCCUCUCCCACCGAGCCUGGAGCUGCUUCCCAAACCUGCCAGACUCCAUACCAAACCUCAUCUGCAGGUAUGGCAAAUGCCCCACUUUCUCGCUCUGGCUUGGCUGCGCCCUCGUCUACCGAACCUGCAGGUUUGAUGGGUGCCCCUCCCGUUAGGGGAAGCUACUGGGGGGAUUCUGCUACUAAUGCUUAUCUAAGUGCUGGUCCUAGUGCGUCGGCUGUUAGUGCCGGCCCUUCCAUUCGGUUGCUAUCCGUUCCCAACGCAUCUCCUGCCACGUCAUCCAUGUCUGCUGGCCCUGCCACGUCAGCUGGCCGUGCCGUCUCAGCAGCAGCUGCCACGUCAGCAGGUGGUGGUCGCUCCCCACAAAAGGGUGCUGUUUCGUCUGGCUCAGCUGGCAUGCUGAGGCUGCCAGGUGUCAUGCCACAUCAGCAGCAGCAGCAGCAGCACCAGCAGCAGCCGCAACAGUAUUCCCAGGGCAACACUUUCAUGCAGCAGCAGCCGCAGCAGCAGCAGCCGAGCAGCAUGCCUGUUGGUAUCGCUCGGCCCUCGGUCUCUGCUAACCGCUGUUUGCAGCAGCAGCAGCAAUUCCAUCAACAGCAGCCCCAGUGGCAGCAGCAGCAGCAGCAGCAGCACCACCACCACCACCACCAAAUGGGGCAGCAGCAACUGGGGCAGCAGCAGCAGCUGCAGCAGCAACUGGGCCAGUUCACAUCACUGGUUGUGGAGUCAAGUGGAAACUACCAGAUGCUGCCAGUUUCCUCCUUCACCCUCCCACCCUCGCAAUCCUCUGCGCCAGCUUUCUCUUCCCAGGAGCAAUCACCGCAGGCAGGAGGGGCAGAUGCGGCAGCAGCCACAGCUUCCAGCAUGCAGCUACCACAGCUGCAGCAGCAGCAAUAUCAGCUUCCGCAGCAGCAGCAGCAGCAGCAGCUGCAGCAGCCGCCACAGCAGCAGUUUCAGCAGCAGCAGCAGCAGUUUCAGCAGCAGCAGCAGCAGCAGCCAGUGCAGUACCCAGGCUACAACAGUAGCAGCUACAUUAGCAGCUACAACCGAAGCUCGGGCCUAUCUGGCACGGACACUCUCACUCCUCCUGGUCCUCUAGGGGGGCUGUUGGCCGGGAGUGCUGACUUCGGGUGCAGCCACAAUGGCAGUAACAGCGGGGGAAACACGUCAGUUCAUGAUUCCUAUGCUGCUGUUGCUGGGGGUGAUGUUGGCGCUGCUGCUGCUGCUGCUGGGAUGGUUGGUGCAGGAGCUUCAGGUUUUGGUGUGGGACCGGCACCAGAAGCAGUGGGAGCAGCAGAAGAGGGAGGUUAUCCCUCGGAUGGUGUGGCAACGCCUGCAGAUUCGGCUGCUGUAUAUGCUGCUUCAAACCAACUGCAACCACAGCAGCAGCAACAGCAGCAGCAGCAGCAGCAGCAGGGCAUGUUCCCGCCUUACAGCAACGCCGCACGGGCAGCAGACGAGGGGGAGGCAGCAGCAGCAGCAGCAGGCGUCGUAGCAUGUACCCCCAAGUCCCGCACUCUCAACGUUGACCUAACAGAUCUCCUGGGGAUGGAAGGGGGCACAGACUUGGGGCAGCAAGGGGAGGAGGCGAGGGCCACAGAGGGCAUCUCAGCAGCCAUGGGUGAUGAGAUCUUGGGCGGGCCCUUCAAAAAGCCGCGGCUUUGGGACGAGAGAGAGGAGAUUGGCGGGGGGAUAGCAGGGGCUUCGGCCUCCUCUCCCUUCUCCUGCUUUGGACGAUUGUCCCCCCUUUCGCUUACAGAGGAAAGGGCGGAGAGUGGGGGAGAGGGUGGGGAUGGAACGGAGGCAGUUGGUGAGCCUGGUAACCGGGCUGAAGGGAUCAUGGGCUUUGAUAUGAAAGGGGCGUCAUGGGAUUUUCUGGAUGGGUGCUUGGACUUCAUUUGACAGUGUGAGGUUCUUGGUGGUGCUUGGACGACUGAGUUCGUGGGAGAGGUGCAUCAGUGUGUGCAUGGAUGGAUGUGGCAGUGCAGAGGUUAUGAGUAAGGUGGCCAUUUGUGCCUUGACUGUCUGGUGGCAUGCGCAUGUGUGAGGGGGGGAUGGGGGGGGGGAAUUGCUGGGUGCAUGUCCUGUUGUCUGUAUUUUUUCAACCGUUUCUUUUGACACUCAACUGUGUCUACAAUGGGGGGUUGAAGUGGGGGGAUGGGGGGUAGGAGAGAUAUCCGGGGAAGCAGCUGUGGGAAAGAGAAGGAGCACUGCGGUGCUCCUGGUGUUGGGCCAUCGGCGCCACCAACAACGGAUUGCGCUUGAAGUGCUGCUUACAAUGAAGGCCACGAAGAGAGGAGGGGAAGGGGAGGGGGGGGUUUGAUAUGAGGCACAUGCUUGCUUUUGUUUCUGUGUUUGGUGCUGAUGGGAAGUUGGGCAGUGGGAGAGUGGAGUCAAGCCCACCCAUCGUGCACCAACUAUGCAUGUUCCUGUUUCUGUUUGAACACUGCAUUUUCUUUUGAAUUGUUGGGGAAUAAUUUGCCCGGGGUAGUUGGGCUCCUGUCUUCUAUGCAAUGAGCCAAGGCUCCUACUGUAGCUAAACUACUAUUACUAGUUGUGUUGCUUUGAAAUCUACUAUAUUGCUUUCAUAUUUCUUUGCUAAAAUAUCUAGGUGAAAUUGAGUAUGC